UAAAAUUGCGGAACCAAAAGACUAUAGUUGAUUCAUUAGUCAAACAUUACACCUAUCUUCCAAACGCCCCCAGAUUUGGGGAUAGUUAAUCUAGGGUUUAUAGAUAGAUCUGAAAUAACAAUUAGCAUUCUCUCUUGAUGUUUUACGAUUCGAGAGUGUGUAUUGUUUAAAGAUUCGGUGAUUAUUACAGGUUUUAGUUUGUAUAAUAUCGCCGCUGAUUCGUCUAGGGUUUUAAUUUUGCUGUUCAUCAUUGGAAAUUGGGGAAUUAUAGUAGUAGAAGAUAAAAGGUUGUCAAUUUAAGAUCGGGAGGCUGCUGCCGAUGCAAGUUUGUUUAGUUUAACGAAGAAUUAUUGGUUGAUUUCUCAUAUACCGAAAAUGUCGUGGGCAGGGCCUGAAGAUAUUUAUCUCUCUACUUCUCUUGCAAGCUAUCUUGACAAGAAGCUUCUUGUACUGCUACGUGAUGGAAGGAAGCUAUUGGGGAUACUUCGGUCUUUUGAUCAGUUUGCCAAUGCUGUUCUUGAAGGUUCUUGUGAGCGAGUAAUUGUUGGCGAUCUUUAUUGUGACAUACCACUAGGUCUAUACGUAAUUCGUGGUGAAAAUGUUGUUCUAAUUGGCGAGCUGGAAAUGGAGAAGGAAGAACUUCCACCUCAUAUGACUCGAGUUUCUGAAGCUGAGAUAAAAAGGGCUCAGAAGGUGGAGAGGGAGGCUACAGAUUUGAAGGGCACAAUGAGAAGAAGGAUGGAAUUCUUGGAUAUGGACUGAUUGAUUUAAUGGAAAUUUGUCGGUUUGUUUAUUAAUGUUAUACCAAUAUCUUCCUUCCGCAAAUAUUAUCGCGGCCUGGGUUUGGUGGAUUAUGAUGUUUAAGUUUGCAUAGUUUUAGUUUUUGUUAUGUAUGUUCAAAUAAUGUUUUAUUUGGCAUAUCAAAUAAAAGUAUACAGAUCUUGUUGUCAGCA